CUAAAUGAAGAAGAAGCCAGGAAGAUCCUUCAGGUGCUGGAAAGAAAUGAGGAGCUACAGAGGGCAGAGAAGGACAGGAUCAGAGGCAAGAGCAAUAGGAGGCAAACAACCAAGAAAACUAGGUGCUCUGAAGACAACAUCUAGCACUGCUCUGUGGCAAGUCGUAGUGGCCAACCUGAGCCCCCACUUAAUAACCCACAGACUGGUCUGUGAGCUACACUGUGAAGCAAAUACCAAGAACUGCCAGCUCUGCCAUUCUUUUGGCCUUUGCCUUGAGAUUCAAAAAACUAAUAUUUUCAGUGACACCUGAGUUACAAUAAUAAGCAAAGGUGUUGAGCAGUUCUAGGGUCCUCCUGAAAUGGAGCAAAUGAUCGGCUUUAAAAAUAAAAAAUCACAACUGAUGAUUUAACUAAGGACUUAGAGCAGCAUUUUCAUUUGAAAGAAGACUAAGCAGCCAAAAUACAUCCAUGGUGGUGAAGAGGAAACUCCGACUAGAGCCAAUUUUUCCCCUGGACUUAUAGUUUAUGCAACUCCUCCACUAGCAAACUCCAGAAGACAAAGAGGGAUAUCAGAUGGCUUCAAGGAGUAACUGGUAAAUGGUUUGAAGAAGUUCAAAGGAAAAAGUUUUGCAAUGAAACAGAUGUUAGCCAAAUGUUAAAACAACCAGUUACAUACAGACUGAGAAAGGGGAUGGCAGAAAAUGAUCCUAUGGAAUUACAAACAUCAAGAUCUAAAAAUAUACCUAAUCAAAGAAACCCAACAUCCGUUCCUUCUCGGCUGAGCUUCAGAUCAUCAUUUGCUUCCCUGUUCUCAUUCAGAAAAUCCAGAAAGGAGACUUUAAAGCUUCAACCGCUGGGAGAGAAAGAAUGUGACGACCACAUACCUCCUGUGUCUGUGAGGGGAACUGCUUUGCAGGCAAAAAUAUACAAUUCACCUCUGGAAAAUCAACCCAUUGACAGUGCGUUUGUCCCCAAGCCAGCAGGCAUGAGGGAGGAAAGUAGCAUGCCUCCGUGGGAUGCUUCACUGCUAGAGGAUGAGUUUUUCCAAGUUUUAGAUGAUUUGGAUGGAAAACUGGCUCAGGAACAGUCUCCAAGCUCACUGAAUGCCAGAACACCUCUCAACUAUGGAUCAAGAACACAGUUCAGUCGUUUUUACUCCAGUGGGAAUAAACACCGUAAUAUCACAGCAAGGCACAAAAAUUGCUGUAAUGAAACUUCUAAUAUGUCUAUCUAUGAUGUCUUAAGACCAGGAACCCCUAAGGAAGGUUUUAAAACCUUUUCUCCUAGAACAAGGACAAUCUGUGAUAUGUACAGGACAAGGGAACCCAGAGUCCUAAAAGAAGAUUAUGUGCAAAAGAAUAUUUUUGGUAGUAUUUCUCUGUAUUUUGACAGCAGACAACAAUCAGUCUCACCAGCUACAGGGUAUUUCACAGCAAGAAGCUUACCUUUUUCAGCCACAACUCAGAACAAGACUGGGUUUAUACCACCAAGCCACCAACAGAGCCCAAAGAGAACUCCUUUAUCAUCUAUUAUAUGGAAUAAAUCAGAUUCCUCUAGAGAUAGGCAGAACCAGGAAGAGUUCCUGAGGGCACCAUCACCAACGGAAACUGACCUUGCUGACCAGUAUAUGUAUCCCAGGUGUUUUCAGGAGGAUAGGAGAUAUGAAUUUUACCAUCCACAGAGUGUUCACCAAAGUGUUGGUUUAAAUGCCCCCAUGAAUAAUGCAAUGAGUGCUGACCCAUAUGAGAACUCAGAGAAUAUGCCAUUCUACCAUGAAGAUAACCCAUUUACUAGGUCUUUCCUUAGCAAUACCUCUGGAUGGAGCAGGGAACAGAGAUUUGGACAAAGUCCUUUUUGGGGCCAACAGGAAGAACAUUCUUCCUGGUCUGACUUUCAUCAAAGCAGGAAACCAUUCACUUCUUCUGACAGAGACUUUGAAAUGAUCUCCAUUGAAGCAAAUAGUGCAUUGUCAGCUGGUCAUUUUCAUAGUGUUCCUUCUCAACACUGGGGGUCAUUUUCUCCUAGGUACAGGACAAGUAUUUCCAGAAACCAAGAGAAGCCACAUGCCUCACAGUUUGAUUCUCAGGCAUCCACACUGGAGAGCAUGGAGGUGUCACAAGUUAAUAGGAACCAGUCUACACAUUUCAGUGCACCAAAUGUUUGCCCCAUGUCUGGUUCAAGCUAUCAUAUCAACUCUGGUGGGUUAGAAUAUCAACAGGACAGUUCUCCUAUGGAACUACAAAUAAACAAAGAACCUUACUCAUUUGGAAUUGCUCAAACUCUAGCAUCCUCAUUCAAAACUACCUUCCCACAGAUUCCUGAUGGGAAUUCCAGAGAGAAUCCUCAGAGUCCCAACUUUCAGAAUCCCACAGUCACUUUGCAGAAAAUUAAGCCUGCUUCUCUUCCAAUCAGAAACUAUACAGAAGUCACUGGGACCAACAGUGAUUCAGUUGAUUCUCCACCUCUGACUGAAAGCCAACCCACUAUCUUGGUCACAGAAGUGAAUAAUGAGAAAGACUUGAAUGGAUCUGUUUUGGAAAAAAACAAACAACUAAACAAGAUAGACCAGACAAACAUGACAGGUGAAAUACCCCAACUUGUUUCACAGACAGUAAUUUCUAACCCUUUACCUGAUUUUCAAAAUCUCCUCUCCCAGGACUCAGCCAAGAGCAACACAUUUGUUUCUAAUGCAUCUAUAACAAUAAGAUCAAAAAGUUUGCCUGGAGUCAUCUCCAGGAGAGAUAUCUCCAAAAUUCAUAAAGCCAAUGAACUUAAAAAAUAUACGAGUUAUACUGGGAACAGAAAACUUGGCUCAGCAACUUCCCUUCCUUUCAUUCAGAAAAGCAGAACAACAUCACCUUUUCUCAGCCCAAAUCAAGGUUGUCACCAGGAAUUAACAGGAAGAAAUAAAGAUAUUUCAAACAUUGUUAAAAAUAACCACAGGAGUCCUGAACGUACUGAUAAUCAAAAUGCACAGUCUCCAGAAGAGCCUACUGUUUUAGAUACCAAGGAAGAACCAUGUACCACAACUUACUCUACCAACUGUAGCAAGUCACCUGCCGACCACAAUAUGCCAUGUGAUUCUUUAGAUCUGUCAUCAGGUACACUACCAGAUUCCUCACCAUCAAAUGAUUCUUACCUUGAUGCUCUGGUGAUUCCUUCUACUACAGGGUUCUCCUGGGGUUGUCCUUCAAGCAAAGAUCUAUCUCUGGGAGAAAGAGAAGAAAAAGACAAUGAUUGCAAGAACCAAAAUAGUCAGUUUUCCCUAAGCCUCUCAGAAAACCAGAAGAGUAAUGUUAAUUGUAUGCCUGUACAUAAUGAAGUGGUUGAUGUUGUCAAAUGCCAUUCACAUCCUCCUUUCAGGGAUGGAAAGGGAAAAGGAAAAAUAAGACAACGUAUAUCCUAUACCGAAAAAUUAAGCAAAAUGGAAAGUAGAUCAAUACCUACAAGUGACAGCAGUAACCUCAUUGAGGAAACUGAAAGCAGUUCCAAGCCUCCUGAGCUUCACACAAUUUAUUGUACCUUACCAAGAAAAUCAGCCAGUUUUCUCAUCAAUGACAGGAAGUCUGAAAGUAAGAUAGUUCCUUCUUCGUUUAGGAAUGAGCCACUUGCAUUCCAAAUCAAAAAUGAUGCGGAAGAUCCAGUAGGGAAGUACACAUCAAACAAAUUCAGUCCCAGUUCUUGUGAGUCAGAGAGCAAAUAUUCCGGAGUAGUUUCAGACUCAGGGUUUCCAUAUGCCUCAACUGGAAGAGAUGAAAGAGAAAAAGGUUUAGUCUCAGAUACAGAUGCUUCUACUAUAACACUAAAGCCUUGGGAGAGACUCAUUAACCCUCUGGGAAGUGACUCAUCUGUUUGGGAGUGUUCUUUCAGCAAAAGACACCACCAGAAGGAAUACUUUCAAGAAUGCACUGAAAAGAAUGGUAGAAUUUCUGCCUCCAGGACAGGUAUAUUUUCCCAUCCAAAUGAACACCCUUUACCUUUUUCUGCAGAUUUGUCAGGCAAAGAAGGUGGGAAAACCUUACAUAAAUUUAAGACUACUAGUAUGUUUUCUGUUUCUGGUGAUGAAGAUAAUGUGAAAUGUCUUGAGGUGAUUUCAAUAUAUUAUACUCUACCAAGGAAACACAGAAAAAAGUUCUGUAACCUUCAAAAGUAUACACAAAAUAUCGAUUCACUUACAGAAUCAACUAAAGUGGGGACUAAAACAUCUAAUGCUUUAGAAAAAGACAAACUAAAUUGUUCUACACAAGAGCAGUCAGGAACACCUUCAUCUAAAGAUCUAAAGAUGCAGGUCAGCUCUGUUCAGGAGAAUAGCCAUCUUUCUCACACCACUGAAAACAUGACUGGUUUACAAUUACCAAGUUUUGGGUCCUCAGAACCUACAUUACAGGAAAUUGCCUCUAUUGAAGCAGAUGUUUCUCUUCAUAAAGGAGAACCUAAAUCUAGAGAGAUUUCCCCACACAACUUAGCUAAAACACCUUUAUGUGAUUCACAAAGCAAGAAAGAGAAAGGGAAAAUAUUGCGAAGUGAAACCCUGUAUACUUCACUAAUGCUUCAGGGAAAAAAAGUUACAGGAGAGGAAUCUGAAAAUUGUCAGCAAUCCACUAAAUCAGGUAACAGUGGUUUUUCUAACCUCCCAGCCCAUUCAGAAGAGAAUGUUGAAAAUUCCCAAAUCAUUGGAAGUUCUGGGGAGUGUACAAGUAGUGCUGUAGCCAUUACAGCUACUGGAAGUCUUCAGAAAGAUAUAACAGGCAUAGUUAUAGAUGAUAGCUCCAAUGGAUUGCAGCCUGGGGAAGUAAGAGGGGAAAUGAGAAAAGAUUUCCCAAAAAACCCUGAUAAACCACUUUCUGACUCAGAAAGCCAAGUCUUUGCUCUUACUCCAUUCUUGCAUAAACUACAGCUUGAUGAGAAGACUUGUUCAAGUGAACAAGAUUCAGACAGUUUGCAGUCUGAACCCAGAGAACUACCUCAAAGAAGUCAGGAGGUAAAUAUGACAGAGAGCAAGGCUAAAGAUGAAAUGCAGGAGUUGGCAUGGAAUCAACCUUCACUUCCUGAAGGAAGUAAUAAAAGUAAAAAAAGCUUGGAUGACCUAGAAAAAGGGGAAAACAGAUCUUCAGUUAAACACAGAUUGGCAGUUAUGUCCAAAGCAAGCAGAAAAUUUCCAGCUGAAAAUUUAUACCCCAGAAGACAUGUAACUACUAUCUUUCCUCAAAGUGGGAACAGUUCUGGCUUUAGCACCUUAUCCCUUGGCACACCAGAGUGCAACCCACACUCCCCUGUGCCUACGUUAAAGUCCACAGAAUCCACAGAUGAAAGCAGGUUAAGUAAUGAUGGAGUAAAUGUGGAGAAAUCCGAGGACCCUCUCCAGGUUACUGCAAUAACCAACAGAGAAACUUCUACACACUUAAGCAAUCAGAAGUCUAACAAUAUUUCACAGCCACAUCAUAAUGAGUUUAAAAAAAUCUCAGAAUCACAACUAAAGUAUGAGAAUUCUAAGAAUGUAACAGUAGCUCAGAUUUUGGAAGGAGAGUCAGAAGCCCUGGCCCAACCCUCAUUGAUCAGCCUCAGGGAAGCAGACUUCCCUGACCAUCAGAGGGGGCUAAACCCUCCUUUUCAAUUGGAGCCUGCAGAGAAAUCUACAGUAAGCAUGCCACUGGCCAGUUUUCAGCAACAACAAAGGAGUGCUUCAUCUCUGGAGUGGGAACCUGAGCCACACCCCUAUCGUUCAAAGAGUUUAAAAAGCAUCAAUGUGCACGGUGCUCUACUACGAAAAAGUCAUCCUCCAAAAGUCAGAGAGCGUUAUUUUUCUGAAAGUACUUCUAUUGACAAUGCCCUGAGUCAACUGACUCUUGGGAAUGAAUUCUCUAACAACAGUGGGUACAGUCGAAGAUUCAAAUCUUUUUCUGAACUUCCCUCCUGUGAUGAAAAUGAAAGUUGGGCUUUGUACAACAGCAGGCCAAAAAUGGGUCCUAGGUCUGCAACAUCUAUAUCCAGACCUAUUGACUAUGGGAUAUUUGGGAAAGAACAGCAGCUGGCUUUCUUGGAGAAUGUAAAGAGGUCACUCACACAAGGAAGAUUAUGGAAACCAAGUUUUCUUAAGAACCCUGGCUUCCUGAAAGAUGAUGUAGUUAACCCUUCUAACCCAACAAAGUCAUCAAGUUCUAAUUCUCCUAGUAAGCAGAUGCCAGAAGAUGGCUCAUCUCUAAGUGCACCACUUAAUAUCUAUGAAGAUGAUCCAGUAGACUCAGAUUGUGACACAGACACAACCACGGAUGAUGAAUACUACCUGGAUGAAAAUGACAAAGAGUCAGAAUUGUGAGGCUUUUUCUAUAAAAUGUAUAAUGUUUUCACCAAAAGUUUGUAAUGUAAGUAAAGUGCAAAUAUGUAUGUCUACGGAAAGUACAGACAUUAGAAAAAAAAAAAUCUAGUCUGGGCAGUUCCUGCUCUGAAACAAUCCAAAUUCUCUUUUUUUUCCCCCUCCACACCCUAUAUAUAGACUUCCUGAAUUCUAGAGCAAUGAAUUCUUGUUUAGAGGGAUUCUCUGCUGUUUUCUUCCUCUGUAUAUACCCUUGGCCUUCUGCCACUCAGCCCAAACUUAAUCUCUAAUUCACUGUCCAGUUUUGGUUUUCUGCUCUAUUUUCCCCCUAACUUUCUUAUACCUUUCAUGGUGAUUUACAACUUUAAUAUCCCAGCACAACAGCAAAACGAAGAUUUGAAUCUUCGACUGUACCCACUGUGGUCUUGCCUCUUCAAUACCUUAUAUUCAUAGCAUUAAAUAAAAUGUAGAGUGAUAACAAUGGAGUAAGUAUUAUUAUCCUGUCUGACUCAUCAAUAUUUAGGAGGUUUAGAGUUUGGGUUUUUUUGGGUUUUUUUUCUUUUGAACAAAGAUAAGGGCAUAUCUAUAAGGACAUCCUGUUUUAUCCAUAGUGGAGCCAGGGAGACACAUAUUUGAAGUGCUUGUUGAGAUAAUAGGUGAAGAGGUGAAUCCCUAGUAAGCCAAAGAACAUUAAUACUCCUAGGAGUUCCUUUGAAAUAGUUUAUAGGAUGGUACAGAGGGUGGCUUUGCCACAGAAUUUCUGCUUAGGAAGGGAACAUAACUGAGGGGUAGAGAUAAGCAUGCAUCCCUUCAUGAGACUGACAUCCUUACUGCAGCUCUCUCAGCAACUGUUCCUUUUUUUUUCCAUUUCUCCAGAACCAUCCAUUUAAAUUUUUUCUUUAUUUGCAGGAUAGAACACUUUUUUCCAUGUGAGACAUUUUAGUUGCAAGUGGUAGCCUUGGUCAAGUCCCUAAAGUACUACCAAGUCAGAUCUGACACCUUGGGGUUCGCAGGCUUCUUUGCCAGAUCAUUUACCAGACCUUGGAAAUUAGAAGGCAGAACUUCUAAGGGCUCGUCACUAUGAUUCCUUCAGUAAUUUAUCUAGACUAAAUAACUUGUCACACCCACUGAUAACUUGGCUUUCCUAACUCUUUAUUUGCCAUGAGGAAUUUUUGGGGUUUUCUCUCCUCCUAAUCAGCAUAAAGACCAAUAAAUAGGUGGCAGUGAAGCUAAUCUGCUAGAACUACAGAAAUCAUGCCAUCCUGGAUCUUAGUACUGUGAGGGUCAGCAUGAAUGGAUUUCAUCUUGUUUGGUUUAUAUUUGCUUCCUGGCCUCAUUUUAGUUUCCAUUUUUCUCACCUAGUCUGUUUCAUCCAUAUAAAUUAAGGAUAAUGAUAGGUAUUGGGGAAGUAUACAGAAAUUUGGAACUGAUAGAAAUGCUAGGGAGGACUAUAUUAUUAUUAUCGUCCUAACCAUUGCCUUGCCUAGAAGCAAAAUGCCACAGCUAGUUUGCAUUGUUCUCAUGAAACUCAAAACUAAGGAAAAUGAGGUAAUUACAUGAAAGCUAUUUCUUCAAUCUAUAAAUUGUCUUAAACUUCAAGCUCUGGCCAAUCCUGACCUCAAAGAGACUGACAGUAGAAUUCUAAAUCAACUGUUCUAAACGUUUCCAUUUAAAUUUGUAUGGUGAAGAAUAAAUAACAGUUUAUUCUUUGUUUCAUGUAUGUUUGUAAA